UCGACCUGUGUCGAGACAGUCAACACUUCGACACUCAGCGUGUAGCAGUGUGUGUGUGUGUGUUGCCUGUAUGUGCCGUGUUAUCAAAUUUCUUCCCUCUGCGUGUCCGUGGAUUAAACUGUGUGUGCUCGUAUUUCACGACCCUGCCGGGUCACUGUGCUGUAGUGAUUGGGUUGUUGUAAUUAGUUUUUUUUUCUAAAGACGCCAACCCACAUCGCCAUUAGUCGAAUCGAUGAAUCGAUGUUUGAUUCAUUCACAAAGUUAGUGUAGGUUAGUGUUUGUUUUCUCAGUUCGACUGUUCUGUUGGAUAUUGUGAUUUCUUAUGGACAAGGUGAAUCAUUCACUAACGGAUAAGUGAUAAGUUGCCAAUUCAGGGUCGAACCCACCUGAAUCUGUUAACAAACUCAGGUAAAAAAAAGACGUUUUUUUGUGUGGAUUUGGUUAGUGUAGUUUUUGUGACCUGUUUCUAUGGCGGAUUACAUCCAGUGGAUGAGCGGAUGGAUUAAACUUUGACGGACCGGAUAUGUAACUGUUACCCAGGGUACACGUUGCCAUGGAGAUGAUGCUGGAGAGGCCACGUGACAGGAGAGUGAGCGAGGAGAAGAGGGAGGAUUAUGAGGAGUAUGAGGAGAGGGUGCCUCACCAUGUGACGUUCAACUCACGGAAAGAAGACCGGGAGAAAGAGAAAGUGUUACAGAAAAAACUCGGGGAACUGACCACACAAGUCCAGCGCCUGGAGCGUAGGAUCUCACUACUGCGGACAGAGAACGAUGCGCUUCGACAGAAACAAGAUGACCAGAGGCCACUGGAGGAGAAGAUCAAAUCUCUCAAGAAGAGAAAUGCAGAGCUGGCGGCCAUUGCCAGGAGACUGGAAGAGAAAGCCAAAAAUCUGCAACAAGAAAACACUAAAGUAAAAUCAAAGUCGCCAGGUACUACUACCAAAGAUGAAAUAACCCAGGACUCGGACACUUCAAAAAGGAUGCUGGCUAGACAGAGAGCCAAAGAUCUGGCGGAGCAUGCCAAAACCAUGCUGGCCAAAGACAAGGAGAUAGAGGACCUGAGGAGGAAGUGCCAACAGCUGGCCAAUCAGCUGAGUGAUGCCGACCUUGCUGCACCUGUAAAUGCCGUCCAGUUUGAGGAGAAGGAGGAGCUGGUCAACAUCAUCAAACAGGCGGCCAAAGAGAGGCUACAGCUGGAGCAGCAGUUGGCCCACACCAGGACCACACCUCUACCUGACACAGGGGACACGCCCACACAGUCGAGUGACAAGCACAAACAGGAACUAGAAGCAGCCAAUCAAAUUCUUCAUCAUGAAAUAGAAAAGUUGGAGCAGGCCCUUCACAAAGCAGAGAGUUUAGAGCAGCAGCUGACAGACAAGACCAACGAGUGCCAGGUGCUAACGAGGGAGCUGACACAGAGCCGGAGGUUGACCCAACAGCUGCAGGUGGAGCUAGGCCAGGUGACAGAGGAGAAGAAGAGGCUGGUCACGGAUGUGGCCGAACUCACGGCUAAAGUCACCAGCAUUGGCCAGAUCACAGAAGAAUGUAACACUCUGAAGCUCUCCUUGGCCACUGCACAAAAGGAAAGAGAAGCUGCCCAUGAGGAGGUUCAGCACCUCAACUUGAGGGUUCACAGCCUCGAGAACCUUGUCAGGGAUCUCCAAGAGUCAGCCGAGUCAGUGAGUCAGUUGGAGAAUGAACGUAAACUUGCCUUGUCAGAACUUCAGCAGAAGCAAGCUCAGCUUGAGCAGUUUCAGAAGGCCAGCUCUUCCAUUGAGAGUGAGCACACCCAGGUUGUGAACAAGCUGAACCUGCAGGUUUUGGAGCUAGAGGAGAAGAGGAAAAGGGAAGAAGAGAGAAGGGAGGAACUCUCCAGGGAGGUUCAGAGGCUGAAGAAGGAAGCGGACGAGCGGCAGAAAAUUUUGGAAGAAGCCGAACUUUUGCGAGCUGAGUUUGCUAGAAUAAAAAAAGAGGCUGUCAUUAGCGCAGACACCUCAUUAGAACCAUCCCACCAUCCUGCUGUAUUUCACACACAGCUGAUAAACAGAGGGAAGGGAGAUAACCACGGAGAGGGGGGAGAAGUGGAGGAGGUGAUGGAUAGGAAAAGACAGAAUCAAAAUGAACGACCAAUGGCAGAGAGUUUCUUAUCAGCAUGGGCACAAAAGGGACCAAUCCAGGUGUACAUUGCUAAAUAUAACUACGACCCAUUUGAGUUCUCGCCCAAUGAGAAUCCAGAAGCUGAGCUUCCUCUUACGGCAGGGGAUUAUGUCCUCGUGGUGGGAGAAAUGGACGAGGAUGGAUUUUUUGAUGGUGAAUUAAUAGAUGGUAGACAGGGUCUAGUACCAUCAAAUUUUAUAGAGAAAGUUGAAGAUGAAGACUUAGCAGAAUUCCAUGCUGCCUUAAUGCAAGCUGGCCACCCAGACUACACGUCUGCCAGCACCACAGCUGCGAUGGCGCCGCUCUCAACUGGCCCCAUCAUCAGCAACAACAAACUCAACAACAACAACAAUGAGCUGGACUACCCAGUCACAAGACCAAAAACUGAUUUACAAAAUGGUGCUGGUAACCUUGAAGAAUCAAACAGUGACCUGGAAGAUAUUGCUGAGAUAGAUGAGGAGACCGCCUCAGUGAACAGUCGUGUGUUGUUGAAUGGUGGAGGAUCCAUAAACCACUUACCUCCCAGCCCACGAGGCCUGUCGCUGGACAGACAACUGACCAACAGUCUGCUGAUCAGCUGGAAGGAUCCGGAACCUGCUACAGGGCUUGAGGUCCAGUCCUACCACAUUUUUGUUGAUGGGCACUUCAAAACUUCGGUCAAAAGUAACGAGAGGACCAAGGCAUUGCUUGAAGGUGUCAAUUCCAGUUCUGUCCAUAGAGUCUGUGUCAGAUGUUUGUCUAACAAAGGCCAGUCUAAAGAUGCACAGUGCACCAUGCUGGUGGGCAAAGAUGUGUACCCGGUGCCAUCAGAGUUAAAAGUUUGCCACGUGUCACCGACGUCAGCAGCCCUGUCAUGGCUGCCUGGUGACAGCAACUUCCAACAUUCCAUCCUGGUCAAUGGUAAAGAAGUGAGGGUAGUCAAGCCUGGUGUGUUUCGACAUACUCUCACGGGUCUAACACCAGGAGCAUUACACAAAGUGACCUUGAUUGCCAAAAGUAUUUCUGGCACCCUGAUAGAGGAGAAGUCCCGCAAGUGGGUGGAGAAUGUGUCGGCUAGCAUAGAAUUCCACACACCUGAAGCAGGAGCCCCAGAACCCCCACUAAACGUGCAGAUAGAAUCAGGACCAAGGGAGGGAACUAUUCUGGUCAGUUGGCUCCCAGUGACCAUCAACUCCUCCGGUGUCUGCAAUGGGGCUGUGGUGGCUGGCUACCACGUCAUGGCUGACAACAGGAGGGCAAAGAAUGUUCCAGGCCCUACUUGUGACCAUGUGGUACUGAGCUCUGAAGACUUCAAAGGUCUGUUCCCAUCCCACAUAGCUGUCAGGACAGUCUCUACGUCUGGCGUGGAGUCUGUCAAUUCCGAUGUGGUCGCCCUGCCUGGUCAGUUAAUCAAAGAGUUAAAAGAAGGAUCUGGCAUUAAGGGUACAGAAAGAGCAAAAGUAUCAAAAUCCUCUAGUGAUGACGGUAAAGGACACGACACAGAUGAAGAAAUUGAAGCGGCUUUCAGGGAGGCACAGAGUAACAGCGAUGGAGUAAACGCAAUAAUGGGGGAGUCCUUUUCCGAUACAAGCAGCUCAGAGCUGUCGGAUAUACCCGAAGUUGAGGAAGAUCUCAUUGGCUCCCAGGACUCUCAUCUUAACGAGGUCGGCGUGAGCCGGACCAAUCAGACGCAGCAUCUUAGUCAGACGGAGAAAAGGUCACCACAACCUGCCCCUAGAAAACUGGCCAAUGCCGGUGCAGACACUGGACCUAAGGAGUUUCAUGACCAGAAGCCUAAAGGAGAUCUGUUGGCGGCCCCUGCCAGAGUUGUCCCUGCCAUAGAAAUCACAAGAGACAGUAGUACAGAGAGAACUUCAGCCGAUGAGGACCUAGAGGACGGGAAUAUUCCCUCAGCUGUGAACACGCCUACAUCACCCCACGGGCGCUCUUCUGACCCCCCCAUCUCAUCCCACUACUGGGGGGACGUCCAGAAACCCAGCGCCUUCAGACAGGUUGACCAGACGCGACGUCAUGACAGUGGCGACGCCGUCAGAUUUGAUGAUGACCGCUCAAACUCUCCCGCCCACGUCCACCCUGCUGAUCACCCUACCACGGUCAGAGCUAAUGACCCCAGGUCAUUCCCAGAGACCCAGAGUCCCAGUCAAAAACAAGGGGCGUUGUCCAGUUCUGCCCAGAAUCCUAACCAAAGAAAACACAUCCCCUCGGAUUUGUCAGGGGCAGCGGACGAAGGGGGAGACAAUGACUCUAUAUCAGGGGAGAUCAACCCCGUGGUUGAUGAAAACAGCGUGAGGUUAUUUAUAGCCUUGUUUGACUAUGACCCGACAACCAUGUCUCCCAAUGUGGACUCCAUUGAUGAAGAGCUACCAUUCAGGGAAGGACAAAUACUCAAAGUUUUUGGUGACAAAGAUGCUGAUGGUUUUUACAAGGGAGAGAGUCACGGCAGGAGGGGUUACAUCCCUUGCAACAUGGUGUCAGAAGUUCAAAUAGACGACCCUGACCUAGUGGAACAGCUGCUGAAGGAGACGACAGAACGUUUAGUGUCCAGUCAACCGUCGUUAGCCUCGGCCACGCGGGACCUGACCCCUAAUGGUAUGGCAUCCAUACCACGGGACGGACCCAUGAGGAGGAUGGUUGCCCUGUAUGACUAUGACCCCCAGGAGCUGUCCCCCAAUGUUGAUGCUGAGCUUGAACUGUCCUUUAAGACUGGGGACAUUGUCCUGAUCUAUGGUGAAAUGGACGAAGACGGGUUUUUUACUGGUGAGGUCAAUGGCCAACAGGGCCUGGUCCCGUCCAACUUUCUCCAGCCGGCUCCGCUGUCAGACGACGAGGGUCUGGAGAGUGUCAGUGUUGUGUCCACUGCAAGGUCAAGGUCUGGUGAAAGCUUAGAUGCAGCAGUGAGUGCCCUAGGAAGAGCGGAUGUGACUGCUAACAGAGUAAAUGAAUCCGCCCCAACAAGAUCAGAGUCCGCCAACUCCAACAGGCAGCCGCCAGGUGGCGCCACAGAGGGGGCCAAACCUGACGGCUCCCGUCCAGGGACUGCAAGCCCAGCAGAAGACGAGAAGCCAAAGAAGAAGGGAGGAUUUCUGAACAAGAGCAAAAACAUCUUCAAGAAGUUCACCAGAUGAGAGCGGUCACUGCCCUCCCCUCUUACCUGACAUUUGCUACUGACAUUUCAUGUUGGCUGUCAUUUGGGAUUGACAUUUUCUGUGAAGGCUGUCAUUUUGGAAUGACUUUUCUGCUAUAAAUUUACCUCUGCCAGUUAAAUUGUGAAAUUACGCAGGUGAAAAUGUUGAUAAAAACAAGCUACCCUAAAAGCUCAAUUUCCAGCACAUUCCUUCAUUGGUUAGUUUCACUUGACCAGAUUUUUGUCUCUCUGAAGACCAUUUUGUUUACUGUAAAAAUACAUAUACAGUCCAUUCUGUGUUGAUCAUAUAGAAAAAUCUGUGAUUUAAUUAAUGUGGUAUGGUUGUAUAUGUUUUGGGAAAUUAUGUGAUUGUUCCUGGAUGUCAAAUGGGAUAUUAGUAUUGACAGUAACUAAUAGAACUCUAGUCAGAGAAAUUAUGGGAUAUGUUGACAAAGGCAGGGAAACUACUCUGAAUUCUUAUAUGGCAUCCUAAAAUGGCUUUAGAUUUGAUAUUAGCUACUUGAUAGUUAUGUUAGUAGAUUAUUUUUUUUCAACAUUAUAUAUUCAGAUUUCACAAAAGCUUUUAAGAGGAUUAUUUGAAUUAAAAAAUCAUUUAGAUAAAUUAUUUUGCCAAACGGUUUGUCUAGAACAAGUAAUAAAUCAGGAUAGUUUUAAAAGGAGCAAAAUAUUAUCAGCUUAUGAUGAAAAAAAGGAGCAAAAUAUUACUUAUAGUUGAUCAAUGUUAAUUAAAGUUCUCUGAUGAACUAAUUAGUUUGAUUAAAUUGUGUUUGAAAUAGCAACUUAAUUGGUAAAAGCUAAAUUAAAUAAUUUUGAUUUUUUAAAUCCAUUUUUAUAUUCAAAGUUAAUUUGGUUGUGUGAGUCUUGAGGUAAAUGUGUCUUAAUAAUUGUUUUGUUUUUAUCAGGUUCAUUGUUUUUUUCAAAUAGUCCCAUAGGGAAAUUUAACUUUCCCUUCACAUCCAAGCUAUAUUUUAUAAAGUAAUUUGCUAAGAUUGUAAUAUUUUAACCCAGCUUUAAGUUUACAAAUGUCUUUUGAUGUGUUGACUGCUACACCUUGUUUAUACACAUCUAUGUUGAUGUACAUUGAUUUUUGAAGGUGGUGAUUUGUGACUGUUCUGUUGAACAUCACCAUGUUGAUAAUCUGGGAACAGCUGAACAGUUUUUGUCUUUAUCAAAGGUUCUCAAAGUUUCUGCUGACAUCACAUUUUUUGUCUGUUUUAAAGCCAAAACACAUUUUAUUUUCAAAUAACAUGUUUAUUAAUUUGAUUCCUUUAUCACUUAAACAUAAUUUCUUAUAGCUUUUUAUCCUAAUUUAGAAGUUACCGAGGAUUCGAUAGAAGAAAUAUAUUGGAAUAGAUGCAUGAAAAAUAAGUUAGAGAGGACAGGAGGUUUGAUAUAAAAAUUUUCUUGUUUAAAUAAAAUACAGUGAGAUUUGAGGGCUAGGCUAGCCCUGUUGUUUAAUAAGUACAUUGAGAUCUUACCUGUGGUGAUUGUUCAUAGAUGGUUGGGAAGUUUUGUGAAUAGUUUUUUGGAUUGUGUGAAUAUUCAGUGGUUUGCAUUGUUAAGGCGUGGUUUUUGCUCAUGUUUUGUUUUUUAUAUUUUGAAGUUAACCAUAUUAACGAUAGAAUGUACAUAUUUGAGAUUAAAAUAAUUUAAGGGUUCUUCUCUUUAGCACGUCAUAUUGCUAAAAAUAAAUUAACGAAAUACUGUAUGAUUAAAGUUCAAAUGUAGCCAGUGUUUUAUUUACCAGGAGAAGGGAGAUAAUAUUUGAAAUAGAAAAAUCCUGCCUUCAUAAUUAUACAUUGUAUCAGUAUGCUAAUUUGUAUAGGUUUGAUGGUGUAUAGAAUUCUACAGGUUGGUGCUGUCCACAGUUCUGCAGAUAUUGUCUUCAAUAUUGGUAUUAAAACCUAUAAUCACUAUCAUCAUCAUUGUUACCAUCUUUAUUCCUACCAUUAUCACCCAUCUUUUCUAUCCAUCACUGCCUACAUCUAGGCCCUGAUGGUGUUGGUCCUGUGUGUCUAGAUCAGCUUUUGUUUGGUUGGUCAAAAAUUUCAUUGUGACAACCUACAGUAGACAUGGUCAAGAUUUGUGUCUUGUGUCUUGACGCAAUCUGUCUCCAGACACAAUCAAGACUGGAUUGUUGUCUCCAAGCAUGAUUGUUAUGUAGUUGAUAAUAUUUAUCAAAGAUUUGCUCGGAAAAUAUUUUUAAGUCUAAUACCGAAUUUAGAUUGUUGCACAUAUAUUGUUAGGCAAGAAUUAUUGUUGGAAAGUUGUAAAAAUUUUUAUUUUAUCACAGCUAACGUUAGGUGUUUUAGCUGUUUAUAGAUAGAAGUUAACAGCUUGAUGGUAUUGUUAGCAUUAGCGUGCGAUGUUGUCACCCAGCCAAUGGUAACCUAGAAUUGACUGUGAUACCAUCACACAAUCCCUGUGUUAGCAUGUGGCUUCUGUUUGCAGUGCUGUCUCAGCUUGAGAUCCUCAUCUUUUUGUUCCAUGGUUUGUUCAUCUUUGUGCUCAUACAAUGUACAUGCCAUUACUCAGUGUUACGUUCUUUCAAGCUCUUCAGCCCAGUUUUCUCAUAUAUUAAAUUAAUAUAUACAUAUUACAUAUAUAUUUAAAUAUAUGUACAAGCAUAAAAUGUUAAAUUUAAUAUGUAAUAAAAUCAAAAUAUUCUGAAAAUAAU